CCCGUUCCUUUCACUAACCGAAGACAUCGGCUUCAGAUCUGUACGAAGCAGAAGAAAAUCAAUGGAGAGCAUGAUCGUCACCAACACGCCGGCUUCAGUUCUCGUCUUGACCAAUCUCGCCUACUGCUCGCCGGCCGAUCACCAUGGCUUCGGUGUCCCAGGAUCUCAGCUCUUCCUCGCCAACGUUGCCAACGUCUGCGUCCUUUCUGUUUCAUAUCCUUUUUCUUUGUUCUUUCUCUUCGAUUUCAUAUGAAGGAAGUGAAUUCCUCCAUCACUAGCUACUUUCCUUAGUUUCAUGGCAGUUUCUUCAUAUGUUGAUGAUUUGAUAAUUUGAUAUUGCUUUACUUCAUCUGCUUUGAUUUUACUACAUGCAUUUUAGAUAUUUGAGUGUUGAGACCAUAAACUAUCUUAUUUAUG